AGGGGGCGGAGGAGCAGGCGGGGACCAGGAGGCCUCUUUUCCCUCUCAGCAGCCCCGGCCCCGGGCCCGCCCCGGCCCUCUGGCUUCAGCUCUGGCCCCUCCGGCAGCCGGCGGACAGUGGGUUAAGGAUUGGGUGAUGUGGGAACUUCCGGAUAUGAUCACAGAGAGAGAGAGGAGGGAGACAGAGGGAGACAGACACACACACACAGAGGCAGACAGCUGAGCAUCCACUCAGCUGCUUACCAGCCCCCACAUCAGGGACCCAGGGGCCCAGCCCAGCCCAGCCCCUUGCCAGUGGUCUCCCCACACCAGUCCCUUCCUCUCAGCUUCCCUCCCUCUCUCCCUCCUUCCCUCUCUGAUCUUUCUUUCUUUCAUUCUUCCUGUCUCUCCUUGAAUCUUUCUCUUUCACUGUCUCUUACUGGAUUCCCUGAGACUCCAGUUCUGGGGUGCCGUAGGGUGACUGGGGCUCAGGAGAGCCUUUUCUCCCCCACCCUGGGGUCCAGAUCCACCCUCCAACUCUCUCCAGCAGCCCGGGAUGCCCCUGGGGCCAGGGCACUGACCCCUGGGGGCUGGCCAGGAAACUGUGCUCUGGUGUCCUCAUGACAGAACACUACGCCCACCACUGAGCAGAAAGAGGGGGCCCUGGGCUGUGGGGGGAGCCUGGGGGGCAACCCGCGUCCCCACUCGCCCUCCACAGCCCAGCCCCCAGGCCCGGAUCUGGCGAGGGACAGACAUUGGAGCUGCCUGACGUGGGCCCCAGCUCUGGGGGCCCAUGGCACAGAGAUAUGAUGAUCUGUCUCAGUAUCCCGGCGUGGACAGCGCAGGCCUGGCCAACUUCUCGGAAGCCGCGCCCCGGGGGAGCGGGCGGCCCACAGUGCUGCCCCAGGCCUCCUACGGCUCCGCCCCGCCCCCAGGGCCGGCCCGGAGCCGGGCCCGAGGAGGAGACGGACUGAAGAGCGAGAAAGAUGAGAUCUACGGGCACCCGCUGUUUCCGCUUCUGGCUCUGGUGUUUGAGAAGUGCGAGCUGGCCACGUGCUCCCCGAGGGACGGGGCCGGCCCGGGGCCCGGGGGCAGCCCGGGCUUGGGGGCGGGGGCCGACGUCUGCUCCUCGGACUCCUUCAACGAGGACAUCGCCGCCUUCGCCAAGCAGGUCCGCAUGGAGAGGCCGCUGUUCUCCUCUAACCCAGAACUGGACAACCUGAUGAUCCAGGCCAUCCAGGUGCUUCGGUUUCAUCUGCUGGAGCUGGAGAAGGUACACGACCUGUGCGACAACUUCUGCCAUCGCUACAUCACCUGCCUCAAGGGGAAGAUGCCCAUCGACCUGGUCAUCGAGGACCGAGACCGAGACGGAGACGAGCCCAUCGUGCCCUGCAAGGCCGACCUGGACGACUUCCCGCCCCCCGGCCCCGGCCUGCCCCACCAGAACCAUUCUUGGGUCCCGGACCACAGUGACAGCGGGUCUGUGCACCUGGGCACGCCAGGUCCAUCCAGCGGAGGCCUGGCCUCCCAGAGCGGGGACAACUCCAGCGAGCAGGGAGACGGGCUGGAGACCCGAGCAGCCUCCCCCAGCUCUGGGCCGGAAGACGACGAGCCCGACCACGACCAGAGGCAGAGUAAGAAGCGGGGCAUCUUCCCCAAGGUGGCCACCAACAUCAUGAGGGCCUGGCUCUUCCAGCACCUGGCGCACCCCUACCCCUCUGAGGAGCAGAAGAAGCAGCUGGCCCAGGACACCGGUCUCACCAUCCUACAGGUCAACAACUGGUUCAUUAAUGCCAGGAGGCGGAUUGUGCAGCCCAUGAUUGACCAGUCCAACAGGGCAGGCCCCGGCACCGCCUACAGCCCCGAGCACGGCGCAGCCCUGGGGGCCUUUGGGCCAGACCAGAGUCCGGGCCCCGGGCCCCCCAUGAGGACCACCGGGUCCAUGGGCAUGAGCGUGAGCCUGGACAGGCAGUGGCACUACAUGUAAGGCACCUGCAGCCUCGCCCACUGAUGGACUCCUUCUCCAUGGACAUGGGGGGUCCUGGGAGCCGAGCCCCCCACCCCGGGGCUCCCAGCCAGGGCCCCGCCUGAUGCGGGCCGGGCCUGACGCCCUCCCAUCUCAACGCCUACCUCCCCGGGCUCUCCGGGCUCCUGGGCUGGGACUCGCUGCACACUGAGCUAUCCAUCCCUCACUGAUGAUGAUGAUACCCUCUCCAUCCUGCAGGCCCCUUCCCUGCUUCUCCCCGAGCCCCAGGCCCCCCUCGUGCCCCACUCCGGGGAGCGGGCCCAAUGGCGGGGGUGGGGGAACGUCCAGGCCCCUCCUCGGGCCUGGGCCAGAGAGGUCUGGGGCACAGACAGGGCGGGGGUCCGGGGUUCUCCCUGUCUUCCCCCUCUGCCCCUACUCUCUUAGCCUGUCUCUUUCUCAAACUUUUUUUAAAAAUGAUAAAAUCUUAAAAAAAAAAAAAAAAGCCAAUCUUCUGUUCAGCCUCUUUCCCUCUUCAGUCUGUCCCUGUGUUUGUCUCUCUGGUAAAUAAUGGAGAGCAGCCUAAGGGGCGGAGGGGGGUGGUCCCUGGGGAGGGGGAUAAGGGGGAUGGAUGCCUCUGGCCCAUGGCUGUAUCACCCCCCUCUGUCCCAGAGGCUCUUUCUCCGCCUCAGUACCCGGCCCCUUCUCGAGGUCUCCCUCCCCCCCAAGCAGUGUUUGGCCAGGCCUCCCAAGAACUGAGGGAGAGGCCGGGGAGUCAGGGAUGACUGAGAGGCUCCACUGGGUCCGGGAGGCCCAGACCUGGAGGGACGGGGUGGGACGGGGGGGCCCAGGUUAGAGGGUAACAAAGGAAGCUGACCCCCCCUUUCCUUCUUCCCUACCUCCUGCUCCCUGUCUCUUCCCUUCAUCGGCUUCUCAGCUGGACCUGGGAACUGGGGUAAAGGGGGGCAGAAUGCCAGAGCACAACGUCUCCCCAGGCCAUUAAUAACCCACCCCUUUAUUGGACAGAUAAGGAAACUGAGGCUCGGGAGAGACGUUGGCAAAUCAGUGGGCCUAGUUCCCAGGCCAGGGCUCUUUCCACCAUCCGCCUGCGGGCCCACCCUAGACACUUGGGGUCCCUGAA